UUGAGUCUGAGCAGAAUGAGGGGGCUUGAUGUUUUGGGAUGUAUCUUGGCUGUGUUUCUUUGGCGAGCGGGAUCUGUUUCAAUUGAAAGAGUGGAUUAUGAUUACUUCAAAUAUCACACGAUGCCAGAGAUCUCUGAGUGGAUGGCUCAAAUUGCAAAGACUCACCCAGAUGUGGUGUCCAUAGUAGAGUAUGGGAAGACCUACGAGCUCCGGACCAUCAGUCUGUUAAAGAUCGGCCUGAACACUGGCCUGAAGAAGAAAGCCAUCUGGAUGGACUGUGGGAUUCACGCCAGGGAGUGGAUCUCUCCGGCCUUCUGCCAGUACUUCGUCAACCAGAUCUUGCAAAGCUACCAAACAAACACAAAGAUUGAAGAGAUGCUGAAAAACAUGGACUUUUACGUCACGCCUGUGCUCAACAUCGAUGGCUACAUCUACACCUGGAGUACGAACCGACUCUGGAGGAAGAACAUGUCCCCUGGGCCUGAAGGCCUGAACUGCUCCGGCACUGACCUGAACCGCAACUUUGACGCCAACUGGGGCACGAUUGGUGUGAACUUCAACUGCACCUCUGAAAUCUACCCUGGACGGUCUGCGGUUUCUGAGCCGGAGGCCCAAGCAGUUACCUACUUUGUUGGGAGUCGGCGCGAGGACUUCCUGUGCUUCCUCACCAUCCACUCCUACGGUCAGCUGCUCCUGCUCCCUUAUGGUCACCCCAACUUCACCGCCACAAACUACCAGGAGCUGAUGGAUGUGGGCUUAGCUGCGGCAGAUGCCAUCAGGAUGGUCCAUGGGACCAACUACACAGUGGGAACUUCUCCGGCAGUGUUGUAUCCCAACUCUGGUUCCUCCAGAGACUGGGCUCGAAUGCAGGGAAUCCCCUAUUCAUUCACCUUUGAGCUGCGAGACAAAGGCACCUUUGGCUUUAUACUUCCUGAGGACCAGAUCAAGCCCACCUGUGAGGAGGCCUACAGCGGCGCCAUGCACAUCAUUGGCUACGCCCAUGACAAGGCUUUUAACAGCGCCACCAGCAUCAUGGCUGCCACACUGUGGACUGUGCUGUUGGCAGCAGGGGUCACCAGCUCACACCUAUAAACAAAGCCAUUCAGCUGACUAUGAAUCAGUCUGUGUUUGACCGUUCUUGCUCUUGUUCGUAAUGAGGGAUGAGUAAACAUGGACAAAAGACCUUUAUAUAAGUGGACAUUUUUAGAACACCCCUUCCACCCAAAUAUUUAGUAAAUAAACAAAGCCUGAUACAGAAUCUCCACCUUUCAAUCUGAUUCUCCCUGAAGAUGAAAAACAUGUUACACCUCAAAAAUAUGCACGCUACCAGUGUUGAGUUGAUGAGGCUUUAUGAAACAGUGUCCUGAUUUUCAGACCAGGUGGCACUGUCUGCUGUAAAAGGAACAAUGACUAAUACCAACAAGUACAAUGACACUUCAUAUUAUUUCAAAGUCAAGAAAGGCAUCUAGUGGCCCCUGAAAAUUAGGACACUGUUUCGUCAGCCCUGUGAUACUGUUUCAUGAUGCCUCAUGUAGCCAUCACAGUUAGCUACUAGUCAGUUGGACCCUUUUUGAUACGCUUGAUAAGAUUAUUUCAAUCUAACAUCAAACAUCUAAAAGGAGCAGAAGAACAGUUCCCUGGGCAGCAUGGCAGACUAGGAACGUCAGCAUCAGUGAUCAGACCAGGAUUACUCUAGACCUCGAUGACCCGCUACAGGUCCAUACACACAGGAAGAAGCAAGUGGCAAUGAGGGGAAAAAAUCCUUGUAAUGUUAUCUUCCCUGUGAAGAUUAC